AUGGUGUCCAGAAGACGCAUACAUUCUCUCAGCACCUCUGAAGUCAUGUUUGCAGCUCUCUUUGUCAUGCUGCUAGUGGUCAGUGCAGGAUUAAUUGCAGUGUCUUGGUUGACAAUCAAGAGCUCAGAAAGAGGUAACGAGUUUGGAAAAAGUCACGAAACAAGAGGGACAUUUAAAAUAAUAUCUGGAGCUACAUACAAUCCAAAUUUGCAAGACAAACACUCCGCGGAUUUCAAAGUCCUUGCUUUUGAUCUUCAGCAAAUGAUAGAUGACAUCUUUCAAUCAAGUAAGCUGCAAAAUGAGUAUAAAAAUUCAAGAGUUUUACGAUUUGAAAUUGGCAGUGUUAUAGUCAUAUUCGACCUCUUCUUUGCCCAUUGGGUGUCAGAUGAAAAUGUUAAAGAAGAACUAAUUCAAGGAAUUGAAGCAAAUAAAUCCAGCCACCUGGUCACUUUCCAUAUUGAUUUGAACAGCAUUGAUAUCACAGACACAGUAACAAAGAUUUCAUUUUAUUUUUCAAAAGGAAAUAAAUCAGUGGAGUGCCAGCCUGGAUCAAGACCUUGUGCUGAUGCUCAGAAGUGCAUAGCAGUUGAUCUGUUUUGUGAUGGAGAGUUAAACUGCCCCGAUGGUUCUGAUGAAGACAGUAAAAUUUGUGCUACCACUUGUGAUGGAAGAUUUUUGUUGACGGGGUCUUCGGGAUCCUUCCAGGCUGAUCAUUAUCCAAAGCCUUCUGCAUCAAUUGUGACUUGUCAGUGGAUUAUACGUGUAAAUCAAGGACUUUCCAUUGAACUGAAAUUCAAUUCCUUUAAUACAUUCUAUACUGAUAUAUUAGAAAUUUAUGAAGGUGUGGGUUCAAACAGGAUUUUAAGAGCUUCUCUCUCAGAAAGGAAUCCUGGCACAAUUAGGAUCUUUUCCAACCAAGCAACCGCCUCCUUUUUUAUACAAUCUGAUGAAAAUGACUAUGUUGGGUUUAAUGCAACAUACACUGCUUUUGACAGUAGAGCUCUUAGUAACUAUGAGAAAAUUAAUUGUAAUUUUGAAGAUGGCUUUUGUUUCUGGAUCCAGGAUCUAAACGAUGAUAAUGAGUGGGAAAGAAUCCAGGGACACACCUUUCCUCCUUUAACUGGACCAAAUUUUGACCAUACUUUUGGCAAUAUUUCAGGAUAUUACAUUUCCACCCCAACUGGCCCAGGAGGGAGACGAGAAAGAGUGGGACUUCUAAGUCUCCCUUUAGACCCCACUUUAGAGCCAGUCUGCCUCAGUUUUUGGUAUUAUAUGUAUGGUAACAAUGUCUAUAAAUUAAGCAUAAAUAUCAGCAAUGACCAAAACGUGGAGAAGACUAUUUUUCAAAAGGAAGGAAAUUAUGGAGAAAAUUGGAAUUAUGGACAAGUAACAUUAAAUGAAAUAGUGGAAUUUAAGGUUGCUUUUAAUGGUUUUAAAAACCAACUUCUGAGUGAUAUAGCACUGGAUGACAUUAGCCUAACACAGGGGAUUUGCAAAAAGAGUCCCUAUCCAGACCCAACUUUGGUCCCAACUUCUCCACCAGAACUUCCUACGGAUUGUGGAGGACCUUUUGAAUUGUGGGAGCCAAAUACAACAUUUACUUCUACGAACUUUCCAAAUAACUAUCCCAAUAAGGCUUUCUGCAUAUGGAAUUUAAAUGCACAAAAGGGAAAGAACAUACAACUUCAUUUUCAAGAAUUUGACUUGGAAAAUAUUGCAGAUGUGGUUGAAAUCAGAGAUGGUGAAGGAGAUGACUCCUUGCUCUUAGCUGUGUACACAGGGCCAGGACCUGUCAAGGACGUUUUUUCAACCACCAACAGAAUGACUGUGCUUUUCAUCUCGGAUGAUGAGUUGGCAAAAAAAGGAUUUAAAGCCAAUUUCACGACUGGCUAUCACUUGGGGGUUCCAGAGCCUUGCAGGGAAGAUAGUUUUCAGUGCAAGAAUGGAGACUGUAUUCCUCUCGUCAAUCUCUGUGAUGGUUCAACACACUGUAAGGAUGGCUCAGAUGAAGAGAAUUGUGUGCGUCUUUUCAAUGGAACCAGAAACAGUGGAUUAGUGCAGUUUAGAAUUCAGAAUACAUGGCAUGUAACUUGUGCUGAUAACUGGACCACUCAGAUUUCAAAUAAUGUUUGCCAGUCAUUGGGACUAGGAAAUGAAAACUCAUCAACACCAGUUAUCUCUACUGGAGAUGGACCAUUUGUAACAUUAAGCCCAGCACCUAAUGGCAAUUUAUUGCUAACACCAAGUAAAGAGUGUUCACAGAAUUCAGUGAUUCUAUUACAAUGUAACCAUAAACCUUGUGGGAAAAGAAUGGUGGGUCAAGAAACCGGUCCCAAGAUUGUUGGAGGAAAUGAUGCAAAAGAAGGAGCCUGGCCGUGGCUCGUAGCUCUGUAUUAUAAUGACAGACUGCUCUGCGGCGCUUCUCUUGUCAGCAAUGAGUGGCUGGUGUCUGCUGCCCACUGCCUGUACGGGAGAAAUUUAAACCCAACUAAUUGGAAGGCAGUCCUGGGGCUACAUAAGACAACAAAUAUGACUUCUCCUCAAAUAGUAACUCAGAGGAUAGAUCAAAUUGUAAUCAAUCCACACUAUAAUAAAAGAACAAAGGACAGUGACAUUGCCAUGAUGCACCUUGAAUUUAAAGUGGAUUAUACAGACUACAUACAACCUAUUUGUUUGCCAGACAAAAAUCAAGUUUUUCUACCAGGAAUAAAUUGCUCUAUUGCUGGCUGGGGUAUGCUUAUGCAUCAAGGUCCUACAGCAAGCAUAUUGCAAGAAGCUAAUGUUCCUCUUCUAUCAAAUGAAAAAUGCAAACAACAGAUGCCAGAAUAUAACAUUACAGAAAAUAUGGUAUGCGCAGGCUAUGAAGAAGGAGGAAUAGAUUCUUGUAAGGGUGAUUCUGGAGGACCCUUAAUGUGCCAAGAAAACAGCAGGUGGUUCCUGGCUGGUGUGACAUCAUUUGGAUACCAGUGCGGUCUGCCUAAUCGACCAGGGGUGUAUGCUCGGGUCCCAAGAUUCACAGAAUGGAUACAAAAUUUUCUACAUUAG